ACUUGAGAACACUUAUCAAUCAAAAGACUUCCAGAAAUGAAGAACUUGUUUCUCGUUCUGCUACUUUCAGUAGCAUACUGCUCCGCUUUUCCAGCUGAAACUCCACAGGACAGCGAAGAGAAUGCCAAGUUUGCUGAAGAGUACUUGAAAAACUACUACAACCUGAAGACUGAUGGGGUGCGCCAGGGCAGGAAGAAAUCUGGAAGUCAGAUUUCAGAGAAGAUUCGCCAGAUGCAGGAUUUCUUUGGUUUGGAGGUGACAGGAAGACUUGACUCGGACACUAUGGAAAUGAUGCACCAGCCCAGGUGUGGGUUUGUCGAUGUGGGUGAAUACAACAUAUUUCCAGGAAACUCCGGAUGGAAGAAGAGUGAACUGACAUACAGGAUAGUGAACUACACACCAGACAUGGCCGCUGCUGAAGUGGAUGCAGCUAUUCAGAGAGCCUUCCAGGUUUGGAGUGAUGUGACCCCCCUGACCUUUACCCGAAUUUACAACAGUGUCGCCGAUAUUGAGAUCUCAUUUGCAGCACAAGUGCACAAUGACUUCUACCCAUUUGAUGGCCCACAUGGGACUCUGGCACAUGCUUUUGCCCCCAAUAAUGGAAUUGGAGGAGAUGCUCACUUUGAUGAGGAUGAAACAUGGACUAGCGGAUCCAGAGGUUACAACUUAUUCCUUGUGGCUGCACAUGAAUUCGGCCAUUCCCUGGGUCUCUUUCACUCUAGUGACCCCAGCGCCCUUAUGUACCCAACUUACCACUUCAUUGAACCCAGUGAAUUCCACCUCCCUGACGAUGAUGUUAGAGGAAUUCAGUCACUCUAUGGAGCCAGAGAAGUCCCAGAAGUUCCAAUGGUUCCAGAACAGCCAAGCACUCCCUCUUCCUGCCAGCCAAUCACUUUUGAUGCUGUGACAACUUUGCGGGGAGAGAUCUUAUUCUUCACCAACAAAACCUUCUGGCGUCAGAUUUCUCAGGAGUCACAAGCUGAGCAUCAUUUAAUCAAAACCUUCUGGGAUGCCCUUCCAAAUCACAUUCAGGCUGCUUACGAAUAUCAAGACAAGGAUCAGGUUCUCGUCUUCAAAGGUGCUAAAUACUGGGUUAUCAAUGGUUAUGAAGUCACAAAGGAUUCACCCAAAAGCAUUUAUGACUUGGGCUUUCCCCGCACUGUUAGAAGAGUUGAUGCUGCAGUCCAUGAUGAAAACACAGGAAAGACCUACUUCUUCGUAGGUGACAAAUUCUGGAGUUUUGAUGAAAAAAAGCAAGCAAUGGAUUCUGUAACUCCUAAGAAAAUAAUUGAUGGCUUACCUGGUGUUGGAAGCAAAGUUCAUGCUGCUUUCCAAAAGAAUGGACUUCUGUAUUUCUUUGAUGGUCACCGUCAGUAUGAAUUCAACGCUGCUAAAAAGAGAGUCACUCGUGUACUGAAGAGCAACAGCUGGCUGAAGUGUGGAAAUGCAAACAACAGAGUGAUCAGCCUGAAGAAAGCUCUUAUAAAAUAAU